CUGCAAAAUGCAAUCCCCUCUCCUGUAGAUGAAAACAAUGUUAGACUCGUUGACGUUUCUGUUUCAGAAGCUCUUCCUUCUCACGCACUUCAACUGGUUCGCCGCAGUUUCCAGCGACGAAGAUAAAAAUGCUAAUAGCGUUGAUAGAUCAUCCUUUAAACGAGGAGACUUACUUGAAGUGCCACGUACUCUCUUCAUCCACUUUGGCAUUUACCUAGGUGAUAAUAAAGUGGCACACCUGAUGCCCGACAUUCUGCCCGUUUUCACCAAUGAUAAAAGUCUCGUGCAGAAAGUAGUGACAAACAAAAGAUUACUUAUGGGUGUCAUCUGCAAGAUCGCCAGUAUACGAGUGGACACCGUGGAAGACUUCGCUUACGGUUCCAGCAUCAUAGUAAAUCACAUGGACAACCUGUGUAGAAAGGAACCGUUAGCCAACGAGGAUGUAGCCAAACGGGCUGAGAAACUCGUGGGGGCGACUCCAUACAGUCUGCUGUGGAAUAACUGCGAGCACUUCGUUACUUACUGCAGAUAUGGCUCGCCGGUGAGCCUCCAGACAGACAAGUUCUGUGAAGUUCUAAGAAUGAUCAUCCAAGACCAAAGGACUGUCCUGCUAUCGUCUAUGUUGGGAAUAGCAUUAAUGUUAUUCAUUGGAGUAACUCCUUUGACUAUGGUGCCAACCUUUUUCAUCACAUUCACAAUCUGGAUGGCAGGCUGAUGCCAUGAAGACUGUUUGGGGGGGUCACUAAAGCAGUUCUUAUUUGCUGGGGGUAUUAUUAGAGUCAUAAUGACUACAUGGCAUAGGGAGAGUGAGCAGUAUUUUACUCGGUUAUUCUUCUGACUUACUAUGUAAGCCAACAGUAAAAACCACUUUGUAUGAAAUUUUUUAUGGACACUUGUUGCCUGUAUGAUGGGUUUUGCUUAUUAGGUGUACUGCAACUAUAUUCCUAGUUUAUAUAUUCUAACUAAAUUAAACUGUAACAUUCUCUUAUUUUAAAGGGAAUAAAUAUGUGAUUUAAUUUC